AUGGCAAUUAUAGAUACUAUUCAAAGAUCUAGGCCUGUCCAGCUCGGUAUAGUAUGCUUCUUCUUGAUAGCAUGGUACUUUUUACGAGGAUCUUCAGACAGCUAUACGCCAGAGGAAUUGAAUUCCCUUUUACAAAAUAAGGAUGAAAGUACUGUUAUGAUUAAGAAAACUGAAUUGACUACUCACGGCUUAAAAUCUCCUUUCAUAGAUCAAUCGACUUUCAAACCAAAAAAUUGGUAUUUAGCCGGUAAUACGCUUAUUAAAAAUGAUGCUUAUAUUAGAUUAACAUCGGAUAGACAGCACCAAGUUGGUAGUAUGUUUUCGAACUUACCUAUCCAGGCUGAAUCGUUUGAAAUGGAAUUGACUUUCCAUAUGCACAGCAAGUCAUCAAAUUUGUUUGGUGAUGGAUUUGCCAUGUGGAUAAUCGAUCGCAAGUCAGAUAUAGGAGAUGUCUUCGGUGCACAAAAUUACUUCAAUGGAAUGGGUAUAUUCGUUGACACGUACAAGAACGGUAAAAGGGGACAUUUUCCGUAUGUAAAUUUGAUGUUGGGUGAUGGACAUACUGGCUAUAAUAAAGAUACAGAUGGGUACGAAACAAGAUUGGCUGGAUGUACAGCUACUGGUCUCAUGAAUCCAGCUAGUGAAUUGACCAAAGCACGUAUUGUUUAUAUUAAGGAUGGGUAUUUUUCAAUAGAUUUUAACUACAAAAAUAAGCCUGAAGACUGGAAAAACUGUGUUACCUUGACAGAUAUCAAAUUGCCCCAAGUUAAGUAUUUGGGUUUCACCGCUGAGACGGGUGAUCUUUCUGAAAAUGUGGAUAUUAUUGAAAAUAAGAUGUAUGCGUUGUACAAACCAGAUGGUUCAUUCAUUGAAUCUGUUGAUGAACUAGAGACCUUGAUGCAAGCACAAAGUGAUAAUGAAGAAGAGUUACAGCAAGCGGUUGAAGAAAUGAAAAAGGGUGGAAGACAUAGAAAAAUAAAGAAGAAGUCAGCAACGAGACGCAAAUCAUUAAGCAGAUUAAAGAAUUCUGAAAAGAAAAUAAAAGAACGUGAACGUAAGUUGCGGUUAGAAAAAUACGGGGAUGAAAAUGCUACAUUAUUCAGAAGAUUAUUGAAAGGAAUUCUAUAUUGUUUAAAAUUAAUAACGUAUACAUUGUUGAUAGGUGGUUUAAUAUGGAUAGGAAAUAUAAUUUACCGAGUCCAAGUACAGAAAAAGAAACUGAAAGUUACUGGUCUAUUAGAUUAA